AUGCAGCAGCACACAUGGCCGGGAAAACAACCGAAUUCUGAUGUUGCUUUGGGGCCGCAGAAUGCCUGCAUGUCAGCCUGCUCUCCUUUCCGAGGUGUCCUUGGGCCUUUUGGUCGCGAGAGGAAACGGGCAAAGGCCAUCUUCACAAAUUCGUCAGGCCUGGGAAGUCGUCCGGAGCGCAUGCAGGGGAGCUUCAAAAGACAUUUGAUUUGCAAUCCCGCGGCCGGGCUCGCCAGGCACGCCGACAGCCAGGGCCUAGUUCAUGUUUUGCCGGGGCUCCGGAUCGCCUUUCUUUGGUAUCUUGAGUUAUUUGCUGUCGCCGACAACCUGUAUCCGUACAUGGUGGUGCGGUUGCUACCCGAAGGACGCAGCGAGCAGCCAUAA